GAAACGGCUUUCCUCAGCCAGAAACGAAGAUGAGAAUGGAGUGGACGACCCGCCAUUGAGACACACUGUCUCUCUCUCUCUCUAACCUUCCGGCAAUAAUGGAGCAAGCUGCAUUAAUGGCGCCGGGUCAUUGAUUUUGCUGCGACAGUGCAGAAGAAGCGGAAGAAGAAGACUACACACUGCAGCCUCUUCCUCAGCUCAGCUUAUCGCCGUCGUCGUUCACCUCCAUGGAGUUCAAUUCCACCUCCGGCGCUGCUCCCUGCUCCCCGACAACAAUUCCCAUCGUCUCGACCCUGGCUUCCCCGUUCGAGGCCUUCUCCCCGGUCACCGGCUCCGGCGCCUCCGCCCGGAAGCCCAUCAGCCUGUGGCCCGGGAUGUACCACAGCCCCGUGACCAACGCACUGUGGGAGACGAAGUCGAAGAUCUUCGAGCGGCUCCUCGACCCCCCCAAGGACGCGCCGCCCCAGAGCGAGCUUCUCGUGAAGACGCCGGCGCAGACCCGCACCAGUAUACUCUACGGCUUCUCCUCCGACUACAUACUGAGGGAGCAGUACCGGGAUCCUUGGAACGAGGUCAGGAUAGGGAAAUUGCUCGAGGACCUCGAUGCCCUAGCCGGUACGAUCUCCGUCAAGCACUGUUCUGAUGAUGAUAGCACUACGAGGCCGCUCCUGCUCGUGACUGCAUCAGUCGACAAGAUUGUCCUCAAGAAGCCAAUCAGUGUCGAUGUCGAUCUAAAAAUAGUUGGUUCGGUCAUAUGGGUUGGGCGAUCAUCGAUCGAGAUACAACUCGAAGUCAUUCAGCUUAUAAAUGGGAAGUCUGAUGAUGCAGAUUCAGUGGCACUGACAGCCAACUUUAUCUUUGUUGCCCGCGACUCUCAGACGGGGAAAGCUGCUCCAGUGAACCGGCUUUUGCCUGAAACGGAGCGAGAAAAGUUGCUUUUCGAAGAGGCAGAAGCAAGAAACAACUUAAAAAAGAGAAAGAGGGGCGGAGAAAGGAGGGAAAUUGAGAACGGAGAAGUAAACAGGCUCGAAGAUUUGCUGUCCGAGGGAAGGAUUUUCUGCGACAUGCCUGCCUUAGCUGACAGAGACAGCAUUCUUUUACGAGAUACCCGUCUAGAAAACUCAUUGAUUUGCCAACCACAACAGAGGAACAUACAUGGUCGGAUCUUCGGAGGGUUUUUGAUGCACCGGGCCUUUGAGUUGGCCUUUUCAACUGCUUAUGCCUUUGCGGGGCUUGUGCCUUGCUUCCUUGAGGUUGAUCAUGUCGAUUUUUUGAGACCUGUGGAUGUUGGAGACUUCCUGCGGUUCAAAUCAUGUGUUCUAUACACUGAAAUGGAGCAUCCAGAUCAGCCUCUAAUAAAUGUCGAGGUUGUCGCUCAUGUUACGAGACCUGAGCUGAGAUCUAGUGAGGUCUCAAACACGUUCUACUUCACUUUCUCUGUGCGUCCCGAGGCAAAGGCCAUGAAGGACGGAUUUAGGAUUAGGAAUGUGGUUCCGGCAACGGAGGAGGAAGCGCGCUGCAUCUUAGAGAGGAUGGAUGCAGAGAACUUGCAGCCUUCAAGAUGAGUGAACUGACGACUAUACGGGGUCAGGUCGAAGCAAAAUGAUGCAUUUGGAAUAAGGAGAUUCAGAACCCCAAUCUUCCACGCAUAUUAAGUUAUACAGAUGAAAUCAAUAAGUAGCCAGUAGCUCAUUAUACUUAGGAAUCCUCUCAGGGGAAAUUCCAGAUUAUAUCGCGCAAUCGAGAAUGUGGGCUGUUUCGGGCAAGAAGGGCCCGGUGGUCCGUUAAUGUAAUUGGGCUGAGCCAUUGUGUCCUUGGCCCAACCCCGAAAUGCCCUCUUUUCGAUUGGACAAUUGUUAAGAGUUAAACUAAACCAUAUGCUUUGAUCUACUGAUGAUUAUUUACCCAAUGUGAGUA